AUGUCUCAUCGUACUAGGAAAAGGGCAGAGCUGAGGAGGAGAGCAAAAGACAAAGAAUCAGAAAACAGGGAGGCAGAAAACAAGAAUGACUUGAUGUUUUCGAUCAGAGAGCAUGUCUCUGUCGAUCCAGUUGGGGAUUAUUAUCGUCAAUAUGGAAGUUUGAUAGAACUGACAAGGGAGCCUGGAACAGGAGGGGCUAUUGAUCCUAUAUUUGUGCAGCUCUCUCGGGAAGAACCUGGGGAUCCAUGGAGCCUGAUUAUAUCCAUGAGUCAUCUUGAUUAUGAGGGAAGUACAAUGGAUGAGCCCGAAGAUAUUGAAGCGUUCUUUACAGUAUGGACAGAUAUUGACAAGCGUAAACCCAAGCAUUCGAAUCCCGACUGGGUCAUUCGAUAUGAACUUCGUUUGAUGGGAAAGGAUAAUGUCACGCGGCGCCGCGUGACAGUCGCCCCCUCCUUGAGCGCGAACGUCCUCGUGAGCGAACAUCAACGCCGAAAAGAACAAAACAACUCAGCAUGA